AAGAAGUUUGCGACGUCUGCUGUCGUAAAUAACGUCAAGAUGUCUGAACGACCAGCGUAUGGUUUAGCUUGAAACAUAACAGCUUAGUUUUGUUUUUGGUUUACUUUUUCUUUUGUUUAAUUUGGCGACUUGUCUUUGUAUUAGAUGGAGACCGAUAGCGUACCAUGAAACUCCGGGAGCAGAAUGACAGGAGUGAUUCCAGAAGAGCACUGAAACUGAGGGAUUCUCCUGCUGUAAUGCAGCCUAAUUCAAGUGAGCGAGGCGCUCAUGCUGGAAAUGGUUUAUCCCUAACUCUGCAACCAGAGAUUACCAGGACACCAGCCUCUGGUGGUGGUGGUGGUGCUGCUGCCAACCCUGAAAGCAAUGAGGUGCGGGUAACCAUGAUGAGCAAACCUGGGGAGUCCAGUGGAGGCGCUUCAUCCAGGAGGUCCAGAGUCAACUCCCACAGCCACUCCCACACUCAGCCACAAGCACAUAAUCGUAUGCCGCACCACUCAAAUUCUGAGCCUGAGCUCGACCCGCCUGACUCUGAUCUGGACUCUGGAGAACCCAGCACCUCCUUGUCUGAGCUUCGGUGUCUCUUCCGCUGGCUUCAAAAGAGUCUUCCUUUUCUCGUCAUACUUUGUGCUAAACUGGUCAUCCAACAUGCUCUUGGGCUAGCAGUUGGGGUUGGCCUCUUCACAACUUUUCUAUAUGUGAAUAAAAACAUUCAAACGCAAGUCUUUCUUCAGGAUCGUCACUCAAAGCUGCAGUGUGUAUGGCUGCUACUGUUCCUGAUCUCUUCCACCCUCCUGCUUUACUACACCUUUCUCAUUGAGACACUUCACCAUUGCCUCAUCUUCCUCAGCCCAACCAUUGAGCUGCUGGGUUUCUGGGAGGUUCUGUGGACUGUCGGCAUCACCAACUUCAUAAUAAAGUUCCUCUUUAUGGCGAUUAAGUGCCUUAUUCUGCUGCUGCCAUCUUCACUGGUGACCUACAGAACCCAGGGGCGGUGGGUGAUGCUGACGGAGGAGCUGGGUCAGGUCCACCAGGCCACGGCUCCUGUUCCAAUGUGGUUCCGCUACCUGGUCACGUACCAGGAGGUUGACGGCACCCCUGGACUCACACUGGGGGUCCUGCUGGCUUUGCUCUACCUCAUACUGAAGCUUUUAGGAUUGUACGGACAGUGGACGUCUUUACUGAAAACUGUGAGGAUAUUUCUAAAGGGCGAGUAUACAGACACAGCAGCCACUAGGAGUCAGUGCAGCGAGGCUGGAGACGUCUGUCCCAUCUGUCAGGGAGAGUUCAGGGAGCCUCGGGUUCUAAUCUGUCAGCACAUAUUCUGUGAUGAGUGCAUCGCUCUGUGGUUUAACCGGGAGAAGAGCUGCCCUCUCUGCCGCACCGUCAUCACAGAGAAGGUUUACAAAUGGAGGGACGGAGCCACAUCUCCACACCUGCAGAUUUAUUAAUUGAUGAGGUAUAGGUGGGUGGGGAUUUUGGGUGUGGGACUCGUAUUUAAUAUGUAAUUUUCUGUUAAACCCCAUUGACAAGUAAAGUUGUACACACUGUUUCAUGAAGCGGCUAAGGGCUGUGCCCCCUGAGGGCCGAGGUUAGUAAGGAUACAGAAGUUGCUCCUACAGCAGGAAGCCCCUGGUUAUUCACCAGUACAUCCUUACCUGUCACUCUCAUACAACAGGUGAUUUUUUUUCUAUUUUAAGUUGUUUCCUUUUGUGUUGUUGCUUUUAUUCACCUUUAAACGUAAUAUAAACUUUCCUCAUGGGGCAGCAAAUUGUUCUACUUCCACACUUUCUUCUACUUGUAAAUAUGGCAACAUAAGAGAAAUAUAUAAAGUAUUUUAAACAGAUUUUUACUCUAUCCCACAUUUGAACAAACACAUGGACCCUCUGUGUUUCUGAGCAUCUUAUUUGUAACAAUAAGCGUGUAGAGGUAAGCAGCCUCAGCUCAGGAGUGCAUGCUGAGUUCUGCUUUAUCUUUGAGCUUGAAUGGGACUGCAAAGGCUUUUAGGAAGUCCAGUUCAGUGACCUCACGUGACCUGCAUCGUCAGCCUGCAUCCAGCCACUGUACAUAGCAGGCUAAAUAAUAACUUUAUGUGAUGGCUCAACAGUUUGCCUUUUGCGACUGCUUGUGAAAUUGAUUUACACAAAUUAUUUUUCUAUAGAGGCGGACAUAGCCUCGCUUUUGUAAAAACCAAAGACUGGGAUUUUAUUCUAUUUUAUUAUGUACAAAAAUAAUUUCACUGUGUACUUAUUUGUAUCCAUUUAGAUGCAUAAACUACCUGAAUAAAGACCUAAAAUGUAAAUGUU